AUGGGAUCGCUGCGGGGCGCGGCCGCCCCGCCACCGGCGCCGCGCGCGGGCGACCUGGUGAUCACGCAGGUCAGCCUGGGCGGCUUCGACGCCACCGUCACGGCGCGCGACCUCGCCGACUUCCUCGAAUCCGAGGUGGGCCAGGUUUGGCGAUGCCGCGUCAAGACCUCCUGGACUCCGCCGGACGCCUACCCCGACUUCCUCCUCCCCGCGGUCACCCCCGCCGCCGGCGCCGCCGGGCAGCCGCCGCAGUACGACCGCGUGCCCCCGCACGCCUUCGUUCACUUCGCGCGCCCGGAGGCCGCGCGCCGCGCCGCCGACGCCGCGGGGCGGUCGGAGCUCAUCCUCGGCCGGAAGCCCCUCCGGGCCGCCUCCGCCCCGGACAGCUCCAUCCGCGCCUCCCGCCGCCGCAAUGUCAAGCCAUUCCGUUUCACCGACUCGCGGCUCGAGGUCGGGGAUCUCCCGGCCCCCGACUCCUUCUUCGCCGCCUGGCGCGGGCCGGACGCCGGGCUCGAGUUCUCCGUCGACCCCUUCGACGGGACCUGCCGGUUCGUCUUUACCCGCGACACCGCCUUCGCGUAUCAGGAGUACCGCCAGGCCGCCGUGGUUAUGCGCUGCGACAUCAAGCUCGAGUUCCCCGUCCGCGACGUCGCAGAGGUCAGGACGUUCCAGCUCGACAGCUCGCUGCUGCUCCGGUUGUCCUCCACGCCUCUCGUCUUCUACCGCACGGCGGAUGAUGACAUCCACGAGUCCGUGCCGUUCGACCUUCUCGACGAUGACGACCCGUGGAUACGGACCACCGACAUCACCCCCAGCGGCGCAAUCGGGCGAUGCGGGGUGUACAGGGUCACAUUCCCGAGGCGGUUCUGGCCAAAGAUGGAACACGCGCUGGCGUACAUGAGGGAGAGGAGGGUGGAAAUCGUGGAGUGUGGUGGCGGGUGGGGAUCAAGGCGGGGGCUCUCGGUGCGUGAUGAGCCUGAAUUUGGGGAGCGAAUGCAGGACUUAUUCUUCUGCAUGCAGCACGCGGAGGGGCUCAAAUUUCCGGUGCUGUUUCUCGUGAAUGCGCUGGUGCACAAGGGAGUGAUAACUCAACACCACCUCACGCCUGAGUUCUUUGGUUUGCUCCAGAGAAGAGAGGAUGAGGUGAACGUGGCUGCAUUGAGAGAAUUUUGGGGGGACAAAUUUCCAGUGUUUGAUGCAUGUCGGAGGCUGAAGAAUCUGCAGGAUAGGGUUGCCAGGAACCCCAAACUUCUUCGCAACAAGAUUGGGCAUGAAAACUCAGAAGUGAGGAGGCUGGUGAUCACACCCACCAGGGCUUAUUGUCUGCCACCAGAAGUGGAGCGCUCUAACCGUGUUAUCAGGCAUUAUCGUGAAGUGGCUGACAGGUUCUUGAGGGUAACUUUUAUGGAUGAGGGGAUGCAGCAACUGAAUAGUAAUGUGCUGAAUUUCUCUGCAGCGCAAAUCGUCAAGGAUUUGAUGUCAAACUCAUUCCAGCAUAAGACAACAGUGUACAAGCGUGUUAAAACGUUUUUGACAGAGGGUUUUCACAUGUGCGGCAGGAAGUACUCAUUUCUUGCAUUUUCAUCGAACCAGCUGAGGGAUAGGUCGGCUUGGUUCUUCGCAGAGGACAGAACAAGAACAGUAGAAAGCAUAAGGAAAUGGAUGGGGCGGUUCACAAGUAAGAAUGUAGCAAAGCAUGCUGCUCGGAUGGGGCAGUGCUUCUCAUCUACAUAUGCAACGGUAGUGAUGCAGCCAGAUGAGGUCAAUGAGUGUCUUGAGGAUGUUGAACGCAAUGGGUAUGUUUUCUCUGAUGGAAUUGGCAAGAUUACGCCAGACCUUGCAAUGGAAGUUGCUAAGACGCUGCAACUGACAGAUAAUCCCCCAUCCGCUUACCAGAUUAGGUAUGCAGGGUUCAAGGGCGUUAUAGCUGUCUGGCAAGGAGAAAAUGAUGGUAUACGACUUUCCCUGAGGCCAAGCAUGCACAAGUUUGAGUCUACCCACACUGUGUUAGAGGUGGUCUCAUGGACAAAGUUUCAGCCAGGAUUCUUAAACCGCCAGAUUAUUACAUUACUGUCCUCCUUGAAUGUCCCGGAUGCUAUCUUUUCACAAAUGCAGGAAGCCAUGCUAUCUAAUCUCAACAAUAUUUUGUCGGACACUGAUGUCGCUUUUGAUGUUGUAACCACCUCUUGUGCUGAGCAAGGAAACACCGCGGCACUGAUGUUGAGUGCUGGCUUUUCACCUGGAACUGAACCGCACCUGAAAGCAAUGCUCUUGGCUAUAAGGUCUUCACAGCUAUUGGGUCUUUUGGAGAAAACAAGGAUUUUUGUGCCAAAGGGAAGGUGGUUGAUGGGCUGCCUUGAUGAACUUGGGAUCCUUGAACAGGGGCAAUGCUUUAUUCAGGCCUCCUCUCCAAUGCUCAAUAAUUUUCUGGUGAAGCACGGACCAAAAUGUUCCUCAGCAAACAAAAAUGCAGAGACCAUUGUUGGUACUGUUGUAAUGGCAAAGAACCCGUGCCUUCAUCCAGGGGAUGUCCGGAUCCUUGAAGCUGUUGAUGUGCCUGAACUGCAUCACCUUGUUGAUUGCUUGGUCUUCCCAAAGAAAGGUGAGAGGCCACACGCCAAUGAAGCAUCUGGGAGUGAUCUUGAUGGGGAUCUCUACUUUGUGACAUGGGAUGAAAAGCUUAUACCGCCAGGCAAAAAGAGCUGGAACCCUAUGGACUACACCCCAGCUGAAGCAAAACAGCUGCCACGCCAAGUAUCUCAACAUGAUAUUGUUGAUUUCUUCUUGAAGAACAUGGUAAAUGAGAAACUUGGUCCAAUAAGCAAUGCUCAUGUUGUUCAUGCUGACACAAGUGAGUAUGGAGCAAUGGACGAGAAGUGCAUUCAGUUGGCAGAGCUAGCAGCAACUGCUGUGGACUUCCCCAAGACAGGCAAAAUUGUGUCAAUGCCGCCAUCCCUUCGACCAAAAUUAUAUCCCGACUUUAUGCAAAAGGAUGAGGCGAUCACCUAUAAAUCAGAUAAGAUCCUUGGAAGGCUUUAUCGGUCAAUCCAAGAAGCCUCCAGCAGUGAUCUGGUUCCAGAAGAAACUUGCACUUUAAAUGAUCUUCCAUAUGACACAGAUAUGGAAGUUCCUGGUGCGACAGAUUUUCUCUCAAGUGCUUGGCUGUGCAAGUGCUCAUAUGAAGCGCAGCUGAAUGCACUGCUCAAUCAAUACGGUGUCCGUACUGAAGCAGAGCUUGUGACGGAGCACAUAUGGUCGCUUCCCAAAUACAGUAGCAGGAAGCAGGGGGAUAUAAAGGAGAGGUUGAAGAACUCAUACUCUGCUCUCCGGAAGGAGCUCCGUAGUACUUUUGAAAGCAUUGAGACAGACGAAACUGAGAUAUCUGAGGAUGAGAAAAAUCGGGUGUAUGAGAUGAAGGCCUCCGCAUGGUACCAGGUUACCUACCACCCCAAAUGGGUCCAGAAGUCAAGGGAAAUGCUUGGGCCAGACUGCGAGGAAAUGCCGGCGCGGCUCAGCUUUGCAUGGAUCGCAGUGGAUUACCUGGCGCGGAUAAAGAUAAGGUGCCAAGGAGAAGUGAGGUCCAACAGCCAAAGACCUGUCGAGAGACUUGCUGCCUACAUUUCUGAGAGCAUGUAGACUGCAAAGCUGUUCGCGUGAAGCUCCCUGCAGCGCUAAAGCAAGACCACUCUGCCUUUUUUGCCAUGCCAUUAAAGCAUGCGUCCGUUAUAGUCGGUUAUCUGGGUUUCAUAAUGUAUCUGUUGGAUUUCUUCAAACUCUCUUAGUACCAGGAAUGUUUGUGUAGCCCUGUUAAAUUCCUCCUUGCCCCUGCUGAAGUGUACACUUGUAGUGGAGUACUAUCCUUCGUGAUUCUAGCGUGUAUCUUCUGCCAGCAGCCGAAGACUACUUGCUAGGUGAAUUACUGGCAGAUUAGCUGUCGUUGGUUUCAUGUGAUCAGUUAUGGCUUUAUGGGCCCCUGAACGUGGUUCUAGUAUGGUUUCUGAUUUGAAUUAUGGUUGUCCAAAA